GCAUAGGGUACCAUUUCAGUUUUCCCUAACUCAGUUUCUCUCUCUCUCUCUAUCUCUGUCUCUGUCUCUGUGGAUCUCUGAGAAAAGGAAAUGGAAAUAUUAUCAAUGUUUUUGUUGUUUUUGUUUGUCUUAUGGACGAUCUCAGCUACUAGGAUACUGGUUCUAGGGGAAGACCCCAACAAUCCAGGUUUCAUUAGCAUUGACUGUGGAGCAGCAAAUCCAAACAAUGACCCUGAUCUUAACAUAUACUAUGAGACGGAUGAUGGGUUUGUAGACUCCGGACACAACCAACAGGUAUCGAGCGAUUUCAUGUACGGGCGCCUACGACAAAGUUCAAAGACCUUGAGGGUAUUCCCUAACGGAACUAGGAACUGUUAUACUAUCCGACCGACCAGUGGUGGCAACAGCAGCAAGUAUCUGAUCAGGGCAGCUUUUCUCUACGGGAACUAUGAUGGUCAAAGUCAGCCCCCGACAUUUGACCUGUAUAUCGGUGUUAACUACUGGGCAACUAUCAAUUUUUCAUCCAUCGACUCUUACAUCCAUAACGAGAUCAUCCAUGUUGUUCCGUCAGCGGAUCACACUAUACAGGUGUGCCUUGUAAAGACCAGUACCGGAAUCCCUUUCAUUUCUUCAUUGGAAUUGCGGCCGCUGAAUGACACCAUGUACCAGACUGAUGCCACAACACUUGCGCUUUAUAAGCGGCUAAACAUCGGCAGCAACGCAAAUAUCAGACACCCACAAGAUGUCCACGAUCGUCUGUGGUGGGCCGAUGAUACAAAUUACACUGCCACAACGAAAUUCGGGAGAUGGAACUUAACAUCAGACCCCGUUCUUGUCAGAAGAAGUGACUCAUAUGAUGUUCCGGUGGGAGUUCUUGAGACUUUCUCAAUGGCGGAUAGUACUGGCUCCUUAAGUAUAAAUUGGCAAACGACAAUCGCUGCCGAUAAGUGGAUUGUGUAUUUUCACUUUGCCGAAAUGGUGGACCUGUCGCUUUUGAGAGAUUUUACUAUUUACAUCAACGGGAAGAAUCUAACCAAGAUCAGCCUCGAGUACUUGACACCGGUGACCAUUCCUUCCGAGCAGUUUACUAGUGGCAUUGGCUUCAACUUCCGAUUUGUCCCGACCUAUGCAGGCCAAUCUCCAAUCCUCAAUGCAGUCGAAGUAUAUUACCUGCUAGAUCCUUCAAGAAUUCCGACAGCCCUCGAUGAUGCGAAUGCUAUGAAUGGUAUCAAGACAAUGUAUAACGUGAUGAAAGAGAGUUGGCAGGGAGAUCCAUGUGUACCAACUAAUUUUACAUGGGAAGGUGUGAACUGUAGCACUGAAGAUCCUCCAAGGAUCACCUCAUUGAACUUGAGCUCCAGCGGCCUGAAAGGGAACAUGGCGAAUUCACUUGCCAACCUAACAGAACUGGAAUAUUUGAAUCUAUCUCAUAAUGAAUUGACUGGAUCAGUACCUGAAUUCUUAGCAAAACUGGAAAACUUGAAAGUCCUCGACUUAACUGCAAAUAAGCUGAGUGGCUCAGUACCCAAGAAUUUACUGAGGAGGGCCAGUGCUAACACAUUGCAACUGAGUUUGGCCGAAAAUCCCAAUCUCUGCACGUCAGGUUCUUGUGGCUUGUCGAAAAAAACAAAGAAACUCAUCAUAAUCACUUCAGCUUCCGGAUGCACUGUUGUGGUGGUGGGUUGCAUUUGGAUAGUUCUCUGGAGAAAGCAAUCAGCUAAAAGAAGGAAAAGCAUGGAAAGCAAGAAGGGAAAUUCAGAGUCUGGAUCAAAGGGGAUUUCAGGAAAAAUAAUGCGUCGUUUCACCCUUGAGGAGGUUGCAAGAGUCACCGAGAACUUCAAUGUCAAGAAGAUUAUCGGAGAAGGGAAUUUCGGAAAAGUUUUCCGUGGUAAGCUUGAUGAUGGUACUGAAGUUGCUGUGAAAAAGCUAUCUCGAUCAGCUAAGGAAGGCCCCAAGCAAUUCGAAACUGAGGCAAAACUACUCUUGAAAAUACACCACAGGAACUUGGUUGCGCUUCUGGGAUUCUGUGAUGAACCAGAAAAUAUGGCAUUAAUAUACGAGUACUUGGCCAAGGGAAACUUGCAUGAAAAUUUAUCGGGAAAGAAUGCAAACUUUUUGACCUGGGAUCAGAGAUUAUGCAUUGCAGUUGACGCAGCAAAAGGGCUUGAUUACUUGCACAACGAUUGCAAUCCACCUAUCAUUCACCGAGAUAUAAAGACGGCAAAUAUCCUGCUGGAUGAACACUUGCAGGCAAAGAUUUCUGACUUUGGACUAUCGCGAAUUUUUUCAAGUACAGAUGGCACUUUUAUCACAACCGAUCCUGUUGGAACACGCGGUUACCUUGACCCAGAAUAUUGUAAGUCUAGAAGUUUGACCAAGAAAAGCGACGUUUAUAGCUUCGGGGUCGUGCUUCUUGAGCUAAUUACUGCCCGUCCUGUACAAGGCAUGGAGCAUGUGGUCGACUGGGCAGCUCAAGAAGUCAAAAAAGAAAACUACCUACAGCAAAUUGUUGAUCCAAGGCUAGAUGGGCAAUACGAUUCUGAUUCAGCUGACAAGUUGGUGACUAUAGCAAUAUCAUGCGUGGAAAAAGCUGCAGCUCAACGCCCAGACAUACAUAAGGUUCAUGCAGACCUUAAAGCAUGUCGUGAUCUAACUCUUGAAAGAAGCCAGGGUACAGCGAGUAAGGGCGGAGAAUCCAACAUCAGCAGCUAUAACGAUGUACAAUCUUCGAGCAUUGAGUACCCCUCUUCCUCCCAGAGCACCUCUAGUUCUUCUUCUGCGUGGAGUAACCUCUGGAGAGGUUUCACCGAAGCUUUUUUUAGUUCCUGAAGUCUUGUUAUCGUUGUUGCUGUCCGUACUCUUCCUUAUAGUCUGGAAAACUUCCCUUUCUGUACUAUGUUACUUGUGUCAAAUUGUCAACCUAAAAGUCUUCCUAGAGGUUGUCUAGCAAUUCCCAGGAGACGAAAUGAAUCUGUAUGCACUGAUCUUUAUAUGAUUUCACAUACUUUCAGAAAACGACUUAUACUUAGACCAGUA